CUAGCACGCGUCACUCCUGCGCAUCUCUAUAUUAUAGUUUCACACGCGAAUUGCGACACUAUAUCUAUACGUAGAGGGUCUGUUUUCGUGCUUCAAUUGAGUGUAACUUUUUAAUCGAUUAUGUAUUUUCGACCAAAUACAGUGGUUACGAUUUUUCGAUAUAUGUGUAUAAUUUAGUGUUAAACGAAUUUUAUGUGUGGAGUGAUUGUAGUUUUAAACGAAAAUUCGAAAAGUAACGGAUAUUUUUUUUUUACAAAAUACGAUUGUUCAACUAAUAUGCGAGCGACUAGUGAUUUGUGUUAAAUAAAUAAGUAAUGUCCAUAAAUAUAAGUGAGUAUAAUGAGUCUGAGUGAAUAGCUGUGAGUUAUUUAAAAUCUGAUAUAGUUUAUUAUUAAUUAAUAAUUUUUGUGCCGUGUAAUCUAAGUGAUUGUGCGAAGCAGCAAGAUGAUGACCUUGUAUAGAACCAUUAAAGGAACUAGUACGACUAAGAGGAAGAAAAGAGAGAGAAGCCUAGGCCCGUUUGAGGCCUUAGCCGGGGGAGAGAUGGUGUCACGACGGCGCAUUCUGUCGCGUUCACGGGACGACCUAACACAGGCCCUAACAAACCAAAUGGAGGAGGAGGAAGAUGUCUGGUACCAAAAGGAUAAGCUUUAUAAGGAACACAUACAGGAAGUGCUAGACAAAUGGACACAAAUCGAUGAUGAAAUUUGGGCGAAGGUGAUUGUGUUUGAAAAAAAUAGACGCGUGGCGAAAGCAUAUGCGCGUGCGCCGGUGUUAACUAUAAACGGAUCAGAUGACGGAUUUGACGGCAUGAGAAUUGGCCUUUGCGGAUUCAACAACCCACACAGAGAUCAGAAGACAGACGAAUUAAAAAGACAUAUAGGACAGGGUGUCAAAAUAAAAAUGGACGACGCCGGUAACAUACUCAUCAGGCGCUACUCCAAGAGUAGUGUGUUUGUGAAGAGUACGGCAGCCACAAGCAACGAGGAAACUGCAAUAGGACAGGAUAUACUCAAGCUACCGGGCUACUCGCUUGAACAGGAGAAAAUUUUUAAAUUAUUCGACAUGAAGAAAUUCCAAUCAAACGUCAACCGCGAGCUUCGCCGUGCAUACCCUGACCGCAGGCGGUUGGAGACGCAGUGCCUUAGCGCAAUAGCCUUCGUGAAGUCGGACAGUGAAUUGCUGGAGUGCCCCAUAUGGGUGCUAGUCAUCAACGUAGUCGCUAUGGAUAUGCUCAAGUCUAAAUUGCCUCCAGUUCAAAGACCUAUGGAUAUCAAGAACAGACCCCGCAUCCCCAUUCCUGAUGAGGAUCCAUACAGCAUCGCCAGCUCGAACGCGAAUGGAUCUGGAUCCAGCGGCAGCUCCGGUGGUUACGGACACAAUGGGCACGGCGUGGUGGCCGCCACGAGAGAACAGCUAAUGAUGCAAAUGGGCCAAAGGAGAGGGGACAAGCCGCCCAAAUUGCCCCCAAGGGAGAAUGGUUAUGGGCCAGCUGAUAUUCCCAAGCCGGAUUACGACGAUAUAGAAGUAAACGAGCGCGUCCCAGCCCAGUUCCAGAGAGGCAAGUCCGACAAAGGGAAAGACAACAAGAAAUACGAUGACCCGUACUAUUGCGGUUUGCGAGCCCGUGUACCCAACUUUGUGAAGACGAACGGUGCGAAGGUCCUGCCAUCGAUGGCGGAGCGGAUGACUCUGAAAGAAACUCCAGUCCCAAGCAAACGUUACAGCGUGGCUCAUCCCCAUCCGGGACCAUUCCUGCCACACAUGCCGCCGUUCGCCCAUGCCCCGAUGCCACCAGCGGCCCUCUGGCACGCGCGCUCUUACGAGAGCGGAAUCGAUGGCGAUCCCUAUGACCCAUACGCGUUGUAUGGACGGCUUCCCAUUCCUGGCCGCGGCUUUCCACCCCCACCGGCGCCGAAUGCACGCCACAUGUUCAUCGGAGAAUGGGAUUAAGGCCACUUCGGAGACAUAGUUUCCUCAUAACAAAAGAUACCGUCACAUCGACCUUUCAUAUGUUUUUUGUAUAAACAAAAGACUGCCCUUAUAGUGAACUGACAACCGUACUUAAGAUUUCAAUGUGACCGUAUCUUAGAAUCGUUCUAUUAUGAACAUUGUAAAUAUUCGCGUCUUUGUAAAUUAUGACCGAUGACUGAUUUCGUUUAACAGUCAGAAAUUAAACAAGCUUUUAUAUGCUUUCAACAAAUUGAAGAAAAUAAACAUGUACAUGUAGAACAUAACAUGUGCAUGUAUACGUAAGAUCAUGUAAACGUGUACAUGUUUAUACAUGAUAUAAAUCCCUAAUUGGGAAUAGAAAAAUACACUAUAUAAACUUAUUUAAUAUACGAAUAGGUGUAAUAGACUCUGUAUGUUUUUUUUUACAAUUUGUUAAUAAUUAAGAAACUUGUAGACUUGAUUUAAUUUUUUUGUACUUAUUAUAAUAAGUAUUUUUUAUUGUAAUUUUAUAUUGAUCUGUAUAAACGAUUAUUUUACAUUAUAAUUGUAAGUAAAUUAAUUAAUCACUGCCGAUUUAAUGACUUACGUAUAUACAAUCAGUCGUUAAUGUCUGUAUAAUUUAUAGUAAGGUGUCAAUCCUAGUCAAAACUGGGUUGGGAAUAUAUAAAAUUGGUGAAUAGACGUAGAGAUCUUAACAUUUUAUAAAAGAAAAAUUUAUUAAUAUUGAAAAUGUGUAAUAAUCUUUGGAUUAUUUUACUAGAAUUACGCUAAAAGGGCUUCCCAGAUUAGAAUGCAUUUGAGUAUACAGAUCAACUAUAUCCAAUACAAAUACAUAAGGUAUGUUUUAUACACACGAGCAAAGCCGGGAAAUACAGCUAAUACGAAUAUAUUUUUUACUAAUUAAAAUUUAAUGAAACAAUUACCAAAAUUUAAGACAUCUUUUUUCUCUAGAUUGUAAUGGUGCAAAAAUAUUUCGUCCUAUUUCUCUUUAUAGUAAACUUGAAAAUUAAUCAUCAGGUUUAUAAUUUAAAUAAAGAAUGACCAUUUCGUAUUUUUUUUUCUAUUUUACCGUUUAAGAUCAUGCAUAUAUAAGUUAAGAUACAACAUAGUAUAUUAUUGUAUUGUAAUAAUUAUGUAUUGUAAAUAGUAUUUUUAUAUUUUAAUAGUAUCGUAAAAAUCACGUAUUUUUUAUAUCUUUCCAAUACUCAAAUAUCUAAAUAUAAUUAGGUUAAGCGUCUAAUACUUUUGUACAAUUAGCUAACCGAGUUUAAUGUAAUUUAUUAAAAUAAUUAUUCUUCAUAUGUGUAUUUUAGAAAUUAAAUUUAUUAUAUUUUUAUACCUGCGUUAUGUCGAUUUGUGUUUUGUAUUAGAAUAAGUAUGAAUCACUUAAAAGAACCUUACAGCAAUAUUAAUAAAGUUCUUUUAAGCAUGUAGAUUGAUCGCGGAAAAAUUAAAAAGUAAAUAUGAUAUUGUACAUUCAAAAUUAUAAUUGGAGGUGCUACCGACGUUACCAUUAAUAUCUUUUAUGCAUAUAAUAUAAAAAUAGUUAUACAACAUAUUAUCAUAAUUAUAUUCCCGUUGUACUUAAUGAUUUAUUUAUGGACAUUGCAUAAACAGCCAAGUCCAAUUCAGCACUUUAUAAAAAUAGUCAUUUUUAAAUUAUGACAUGUAGAAAAUAUGAUAAAGUAUUAUGUCAAUACAAUACUUCAUACAUUUCUAUAAUAUCACAUUUUACGUGCUGACGUAACUUCAACAGCUGUUUAGAUAGGUACCUACCAAUUCAAUAGGUAUAUAAAAGUGUCACAAAGUCCGUUAUUUUGUUCCGACAGUAUAGGAAUAUUUAAAUUAUACCUAUAUUAGAUUUAAAUUGCGAAUAAAUAUUGAACGAAUUUUAGUAUUUUAUAUAUGUACAUCAAUGUCCAAACUGUAUUAUGUAAAGUUGGAUGUUGGUUUAUGAGUAACCUAAUUUAAGGAAACAUACCUACAUAAUUAUGUUAAAUAUAUAAAAUUAUUUUUAAUA